CUGGCGUUCACUGCAUCUUUAAAAGAACUGUGAAGACGAAACAAGUAAAAACCUCCUUUAACCCAACCUUUUAUGACUCAACCCUCUUCCGAUCAUAUCUUCUCUCUCUUUCUCUCUCUCUGGGGAAAAAAUAGUCUGCAGCCUAAAAGGUGUGUGUUUGCCCCACUUCACAAUGUCGAACUAAACUGAAAGCAUGUGAAGUGUGUUCAAGCUUCAGUUUCUGGGUAUCUUCAACAGAGUUUCAUGGAUGCUUUUUGAGGAAAAAUUCACAACUGGAAUGGGAAGAAUGGGAGAAAAGAAUCUGUUUUGUGUAUGAGCCAGCUAACUUCAAAAAGUUUGGAAGAGAGAAAAACAGAGGAUACCUCUGGCAUUUACAAUGCUUGUUCCCCUUGCUCCAUAUCCGACGCCUCCGCCGCCAGUUACGCCAACUUCCAAUGGCACACAGAGCCAGCUAGUCUGUUCUGGAUGUAGAAACCUUUUACUCUAUCCGGUCGGAGCAACAUCUGUGUGUUGUGCUGUUUGCAAUGCAGUCACAGCUGUGCCACCUCCGGGCACUGAAAUGGCACAAUUAGUCUGUGGAGGCUGCCAUACAUUACUAAUGUACAUUCGUGGAGCAACUAGCGUACAAUGUUCCUGUUGUCACACCAUCAAUCUAGCCUUGGAAGCUAACCAGGUAGCACAUGUCAACUGUGGGAGCUGCCGGACACUGUUGAUGUACCAAUAUGGAGCAAGAUCUGUAAAAUGUGCAGUUUGCAAUUUCGUGACAUCAGUUGGGGCCUCCACAAGCACUGCUGAGCAGAAGUUCAACAACUAAGAUAUAAAAUGAUUAAACUGGUUAUUACAGACUACAACUUCAGUUUCAGUUUCACAUCCUACAGUAUCUAUCCUCCAUGAUUGCAUCUCAAGAAGCAGAGAGAAAAUUCCCUCUAGCCAUAUGUAUAGAGUUAUUUUUCCCUUGCGUGAACUAUCAUAAAUAAAUAGUUUUGGCAGGUUGGAUGUUUAAGGAACAUUCUAUGAGAAGACUUUUGGGUGGGAAUUGCAUUUAGAAAUUUCAGAUA